GUAGUUCGAUAGUCCACGCCAGGCAGUGAUUGGUUGUCGAGAGGCGGGGCGACUCGACCGCUGAAGAAGUAGCCGCUGCGGCGCGGAGAGCCAUGGGUCAGGCGGCCAAGGUUUUACAGCUCUUUAAAACAUUACACAGGACCAGACAACAGGUUUUUAAAAAUGAUACCAGAGCACUAGAAGCAGCCAGAAUAAAGAUAAAUGAAGAAUUCAAAAGUAAUAAAAGUGAAACUUCUCACAAGAAAAUAGAAGAGCUAAUAAAAAUAGGUUCCGACGUUGAAUUGUUACUCAGAACAUCUGUUGUACAAGGUAUUCAUACAGACCACAAUACACUGAAAUUGGUCCCUAGGAAAGAACUCCUUAUAGAAAAUGUGCCAUACUGUGAUGCACCAACUCAGAAAAAAUGAGUUUUCUAGGAUAAACUCAAGCUUUGUAGUUUUUAAUCUUAAAUAUAUAACUCUGGCAAAAGUUUUGGAAAUGGAAAUAUUCCUCUUAGAACUGGUCUGUUGAAAAUGAAUGAAGUAUUGCAUCAUAAUUAAAUUUCACAUUAAAAGAACAUUGCUGAAAACUG